AUGUUAAAAUUGAUUGAUAAACUUUGUAAUACCCUAAAAUUACAGUUAAAUCUAUCUUCUUCAACUAAUGUAUGGAUUUGAAAUUAAAUAUAGGAUAUUUUAGAAACUAAUAUACUUAGAUUUGUAAAAGAAUGUGUAAUUUACAUUUUUCAUAUUCCAUUAGAAUACGAUAUUGAAUCAUUUUUUACAAUCUCUGAUAUUGAUAAUACCAUGUCCAAUAUUCAACAAUAUUUAAAUACAAUACAAAAAAAAAACCAUUUUAAAAAAAUAUUUAGAAAUGAAGGCUUUUAAUCAGGUGAAUAAAGUUCAAGUGAUGAAUUUGAUUCCAUCAUUAGAAAUAAACAAAAAGUCCAUAAAAUUAAUACCUUAGAACAUAAACCUACUGACAUUCCUUCUACCGAAAACGAUUUGUCUUAGUUAAGUAAUCUCUAGAAUCUAUUAUAUGAAACUAACAUUAAAGUAACCAAAAGGGAUGAAUAAAUUUUAUAGAUGACCACACAUUAUUUAAAAGAUAUUUAACAUCUUAAAUCUAUGGUAAGCAUUUUUUUCUAUUAUUCAAGUUUCUAAAGUAACUAGAAAAUCCUGACACUGAAUUUUAUGAAGUUAACUACUUUGAUAUAAAAUAAGCAUUAGAACCAGAAUUAUAGAAUUAUAUUCAGGAUAAAUUUAAUCUGUUAUAAAAACAAUGUUAAUAAACUGUUUAAAGAAUCAAAAUUGAAUUGACUGCUAUUAGUGCUGAAUGUGAAUCUCAUAAAAAAACCAUCUCAGUUCUUCUUUAAAAUAAUACACUUUAAUCCAUCAUUAAAAUGUUAUUUCUUAUAGAAAAAGAUCCAUAUAAAAUUUGGAAACAAAUCUAAGAUUAAGUUGGAAAUAAGAUUAUUUUUCAAGUCUUUGAUAAUUAAAUUGGGGGUUAUGGAAUUAAUUAUAGAGAAAUAGAUGAACUUAUUUCUAAAAAUUCAGCUGGUGGAAGAAUGUUCUAAAGAUAAAAAUAAUUAUAUUAAGAACAACUAAAAAUUAUGAUAGACGACAAUAUCUAAAUAAUUUCCAAUUUAAAAUAGGAAUUAUAAUCUAAAGAAUAGGUUGUUGAAGAACUUUAACUGUAACAUGAAGAAAGUGUAAAUAAAAUAUAAGAAUAAUUUAAUGAAAUAUUAGAAUAGAAAUUAAAAGAUUAAUAAUAAAAACUUUCAUAAGAAUUUGAAAUGAAAUUUAAAUAACAACAAAAUGAUUUGACUGAUCCAUAAUUAAUUAAAAAAAUGAGUUUAAAAUUUGCUUUUGCAAGAUGGGUUAAUUUUUCAAGAUUUUAUCGUCUUUUUGAAGAAGAUUUAGAUGAAGAUAAUUUGUAUGAAUUGAAAUAAAAAAUUAAUCAUUAUUUAAAAUAGGUUAAUGAUGAAUUUACAUUAAAAGAUUAUGAAAAAUUGAUUUAAAAUUAUUAGUAAUCACAAUAUAUUAUUAUAAAAUUUGAGCAAGAUAAGAAUACAAUUGAAUAAAAAUGUAAAUCUCAAUAAUUAGAGAUUUAAAAACAUAAAAAUACAAUAUAAAUGUAAUUGUAAACAAUCCAAGUAUAAAAACAAGAAUUAUAAAAUUGUGAAACAACAAUUAAAUUAAUAACAAAGCCGUUUUGUUCAAUAUUAUAAAAAUUAGGUUAUCCAUCAAAAAUAAAUUUUUUAUCAAUCUUAAAGAGUGGAAUUAAUUUAGAUUUUUUACAAAGUGAUGAUCCAGAAAUUCAAUCAAGUUUAACAACAUUUUUUGAAUUGGCAAUUUCUUAACAAAUAAUUCAUAAUAAUAAGCCUAAAAGGAAUGCUGAAACAAUAACUGAAUUUUUUGAUGUAUUAUUGCUUAGUUAAUAUAGAUUAGAUAUGUUAUAUCAUAAGAAUUGAAUGAAGAUAGUAACUUUUAACAACUUAGAUUAUAGUCUCCAGAAGUGCCCCAAAUUUAAUAAUAAAUUACUGAAUAUGGAACUAGUCCUAAAGAUCAAUUAAAUUAUACAUAAAUAGAAAAUAAAUUUCCAAUUAAAGCAACUCAAAAAACAUCUAACAAUACAAACUAAUCUCCAAAAUCUAAUCGAGUUUAAAAUUAAUUUUAAUAAAUCAAAAUGAGUUUAAAGAAAGAUAGAAAAAAUGAAAGUGUACCACCAAAAAGAGAAAAAAAAAGUUAAUAACAAUUAUUAGACACAACUUCUAGUGGAUUUCAGAAAUAGGUAGAAAAGAUUAAAAAAAAAGAUAAUCUAAUGAUACAAGAAAUUAAUUAUAUGGAUAAAGGAAUUUAGGUCAAUUUAGAAUAAUAAUCAAUUUAUUGUAAAAAUAGUACAAAUAUGUAAUUAAGAGAUAUUGAGGAAUUUUCUCCUUAAUAAGAUGUUUUAGUAAUAAUGAGAGAUGAUGGAGAUUCAAGAGCUUCUCCAGUAACAAAGAGGAGGAGCAUCAGUUAAAAUAAUAAAAAAUAACAAUUCAAUAUUCCAUGUUAAUUUAUGAAUAAUCAAAAUCUAACUCUGUAUUAGGCAUCAAAAUUAAAAGCCUAAAAUAAAACAAUAUAUUCAGAUUAAUAGCAAAUUUAAUAGAAUAUAAAUUUAGGCAUUGGGUUCUUACCUACAAGUCCAUUUUAAUUUUAUUAAGAAUUAUUUAAAGAGAAAUAAAAAUUGCAAUUAAAAAAUUAUACAAUAAUUAAGGAUUAAGGAAUUUAAAUUUAGAAUAAUUACAAAAGAAAAAUAGAACCAAGUAUUGAAGGUAAACAUUUACAAAUUCCAAGUUAUUUAAAAUGA